CUUGACAAUACUCAUUUCCUAACACACCAAUUAUCAUCAUUCUUUUCCUCCGACCAAUAAUUAUUUUCCAUUUCCAUAUUUGUUUUACUCUAUUAUUUAAUUUAAACAUGGCCAAAUAUAAUAAUACCCCAGCUAUAUAUAUAGUAUGUACUAGUGUGGAGAAUGUAUAGGUAAAUAUACACACACAUUAUAUAUAAUAUAUAAAGAGAGUUUUUCUUAGACCGAGUCCUGUUAUAUAGAUCUCCAAAUCCGAUAUCUGAAACAAUACCGACCAUCGAUCGAGCUGAAGCAGCCAUUAAUUAAUGGAGAACAAGAAGCCAUUACUCUCCCCAUAUGGAGAAGAAGUAGGCCACCAUAACCAACUCCUCAGGCGGUCAAGCCGCUCCUUCACCGCCGACGCCGAGGAUAUCCCACCAAUCAACGGCGCCAGAGUGCUCUUCAACGAGUUCGGCACCGAAUUUAAUAAGCUCUGGUACCUUGCGGCCCCGGCCAUGUUCACCGCCAUAUGCCAAUACUCACUCGGCGCCAUCACUCAAGUCUUCGCCGGCCAUGUCAGCACUCUCGCCCUCGCCGCCAUCUCUGUCGAGAACUCCGUCAUCUCCGGCUUCUCCUUCGGCGUCAUGCUUGGCAUGGGAAGUGCGCUCGAGACCCUUUGCGGGCAAGCAUAUGGGGCUGGUCAACACGACAUGUUGGGGAUAUAUAUGCAAAGAUCUUGGCUCAUUCUCAACGGAACUGCGGUGGUAUUCUGUUUUCUCUACAUAUUCGCAGAGCAACUUCUCAAGUUGAUUGGUCAGACGCCGGAGAUAUCCGAGUCUGCUGGGAUAUUCUCCAUUUGGAUGAUACCCCAACUAUUCGCCUACGCCCUAAACUUUCCCAUAGCUAAGUUCUUACAGGCGCAGAGUAAGAUUAUGGUGAUGGCGGUGAUAUCUGCGGUGGCUCUGGUUUUUCACGUAUUUUUCAGCUGGCUAGUGAUGCUGAAGCUCGGGUGGGGCAUGGCCGGCGCCGCCGUGGUCCUGAACUUGUCGUGGUGGUUCAUAGUGGUGGCUCAACUGGCCUAUAUCUUCAGUGGGGCUUGCGGUCGAGCUUGGUCCGGGUUUUCAUGGAAGGCUUUUCAGAAUAUUUGGGGCUUUGCUAAGUUGUCUUUCGCUUCGGCCGUCAUGCUUUGUUUGGAAAUAUGGUACUUUAUGGCCCUUGUUCUCUUUGCUGGAUAUCUUAAGAAUGCAGAGGUUUCGGUCGAUGUACUGUCCAUAUGCGCCAACAUAUUGGGAUGGGCAAUGAUGGUAGCUAUCGGCAUGAAUGCAGCAAUAAGUGUAAGAGUAUCGAACGAGUUAGGAGCAGACCACCCAAGAACAGCAAAAAUAUCAUUGAUGGUGGCAGUCGUAACUUCAUUCUUGAUUGGUGUCGUUUUGUCACUUAUCUUGAUCAUCACCCGCAAUGAAUACCCUUCCUUAUUUUCCGACGACACAAAUGUCAAAAUUCUUGUUAUGAAGCUCACCCCACUUCUUGCUACUUGUAUCGUCAUUAACAACAUUCAACCGGUUUUAUCAGGGGUUGCCAUUGGUGCCGGAUGGCAAGCUUUCGUGGCAUAUGUGAACGUUGGUUGUUACUAUCUAUUUGGAGUCCCAUUGGGCCUAUCAUUGGGCUACAAACUCAACAGGGGUGUUAGUGGAAUUUGGUACGGGAUGUUGGCAGGGACUGUGUUACAAACUUUGAUUCUUUUCCUGAUGGUUUACACAACCAAUUGGAGCAAAGAGGCCUCUCUAGCUGAAGACAGGAUAAGGAAAUGGGGAGGGGAAUCCAUGGAAGACAUAGAAAAAUUAGUGAAUUAGUUAAGCUUAUUUAUUUUAUUUGAUGGUGCCAUAAUGGCAUAUAUAUAUAUAUAUAUUAAGUUCUCCAACUAGGCAUCCUUUUCACAUAUUUCCCCAACAUUUUGGAGACAAUAAAAGAAAUUCUUUCUUA